GACCGCAGCGCUGGAUGGCGCUGGUGCUGGGCUGAGGAAAGGAGGGGGCUCGGUGUGCCCACGGCUCGCCCUCUCUUCCGUCUGAUCACACGGGAGGACACGCGAUCCGACGAGGACUGGCGGCGACAGCAGCCGGGAUAAAGCGAAAGAGGAGAAGAAACCACAGGGAUGCCCACAUGGGAGCAGCAUUGCUGUCGGAAGCUCUUUUAUCGAAGAGAAUCUGCCAAAGGAUUCUUUGGAACCGCUCUCAUGGCUUCAAACGCAGACUUUUAAAUCCACGGAGCUAAAGACAGCAAAACAGCACACUCACUGGCAAAUAUAAGUGGACCAGUUUGAAGAAAAAAAAAAACAAGUUUGGACAGUGGGAGGGUUGAAUGGGGGCCAAAUCCCUAUCCAAGACAUCUUGCAUCUUUUCAGUCCACAGCCCCCUCCUUCCUUCUACUCCUCCCUUCGUUUUCCCCUGCUCUGCUUUUCUCCCAUUCUCCAUCUUUCUCUCUCAUGGGAGUGACAUAGAGGCUGUGGCUCGGUCUUCUGCCCUUCCCCUUUUCUGCAUUCCUGUGGAGACAGGGACACCCAGGUAGUGAUGUCGUGGAAGAGGAACUACUUUGCCUCGGGUGGCGGAGCGGCCGGAGGGGCGCAUGGGCUGGUGACCCCGAGAACCAUGACCUCCAUCGCGCCCAGCAAAGGCCUGAGCAACGAGCCGGGACAAAACAGCUGCUUCCUCAACAGCGCUCUGCAGGUAUUGUGGCAUCUUGACAUCUUUAGGAGAAGCUUUCGGCAGCUGACCACUCACAAGUGCAUGGAGGAUUCAUGUAUAUUCUGCGCUCUAAAGAGUAUCUUUGCUCAGUUCCAGUUCAGCAGCGAGCGCGUCCUGCCGUCGGAUGCACUGCGGAGUGCUCUGGCCAAGACUUUCCAAGACGAACAGCGGUUUCAGCUGGGCAUUAUGGACGACGCGGCCGAGUGUUUUGAGAAUCUGCUGAUGCGUAUCCACUUCCACAUCAGCGCAGAGAGCAGGGAGGACAUCUGUACAGCCAAACACUGCAUACCACACCAGAAGUUUGCCAUGACUCUGUUCGAACAGUGUGUGUGCAGCAGCUGUGGAGCCUCAUCGGACCCCCUGCCCUUCAUUCAGAUGGUUCAUUACAUCUCCACCACGUCCCUCUGUAACCAGGCAGUGAGGAUGCUCGAGUGCAGAGAGAAACCCACGCCAGACAUGUUUGGCGAGCUUCUCCGCAACGCUAGCAACAUGGGAGACCUGCGCAACUGCCCGAGUAACUGUGGGGAGGUGCUGCGUAUCCGCCGGGUGCUGAUGAACUCACCGGAAAUUGUGUCCAUCGGGCUGGUGUGGGACUCGGACCACUCUGACCUAGCAGAGGACGUCAUCCACAGCCUGGGAACAUGCUUGCGUCUGGGAGAUUUGUUCUACCGUGUUACAGAGGAAAGGGCUCGCCAGGCGGAGCUCUACUUGGUGGGCAUGGUGUGCUACUACGGCAAGCACUACUCCACCUUCUUCUUCCAGACCAAGAUACGCAAGUGGAUGUACUUUGACGACGCCCACGUCAAAGAGAUUGGCCCAAAGUGGAAGGACGUAGUGUCUCGCUGUAUUAAAGGCCACUACCAGCCCCUGCUGCUGCUCUACGCUGACCCCCGUGGGACGCCUGUGAUACUGCAGGAGAGCCCCAACCCUUGUACUGGCUCCAACCCGCAGCUGGAGCUCCAGCACUGCAGCAGCAAGGCUGGUUACGACAGUGAGGACUCAGGUCGGGAGCCAUCUAUAUCGAGCGACACUCGCACCGACUCCUCGACGGACAGCUCGAGCCACCGCACGUCCCGCAGCCGACCCCUGCACCAGUCCACGGGGAGCCGGCUCUCCAGUGAAUCCCAGACCACAGUCGUCUGCAACCAGGACACACCGCCGCUCGGUGCUGACGCUGGAGAGUCAGCAGUGGAGGCUCCAACAACCCGCCACCCCUCUCCUCCCCUGCAGGAGUACAAGGAGACGGCAGUCUUCCUCCUGUCUUCGCGCAGGCCCCUCACCUCCUCCUCCUCCUCCUCCCGUCCCCUUUCGUCCUCGUCUUCAUCGGGAGUCGGGGGCUGUGAGGGAGGAGCUGGGGGGCCCCACUGGGAGGAUGAAAGCACCAGCAGCGAGAGCAAGUCCAGUUCUUCUGGGAGCCGUUACCGGCCAACCUGGAGGCCCAGGAGAGAGGCCCUGAACAUCGACAGCAUCUUCACUCGACAGAGAGACGCGUCUCUGGGCUACACCGCUGCACCUGGCCCCUCCCUCCCUCCUGAGCCCCAGGAUCCCCUCCCCUUUGUGGGACCUGUCAUACAACCAGGACUGGAAGAGGUGGAAGGAAGGGAGACCGGGGAGGUCGGGUUUGGGCUGGUUGGACAGCCCCGGCCUUCAAGCGGUGGGCGGACUAUGGGUCCUCCUCCUCCUCCACCUCUGAGAGGGGUGGAGCACCAGCCACGUCUCAUCCAGAGAAUGGAGAGUGGCUACGAAAGCAGCGAGAGGAACAGCAGCAGCCCUGACAGGGAGGUGGGGCAACAAAAACGGGUGCUGAUGUCUGGGCCUUCGUGGCGCUCGGUGCCCAAGUCGAAAAGCAGCGGCGCCAUCAUGCAGGAGCUGCCGCACCCCUGCUGGGUUCGCGGCUCUGACACGGGCUCUGGGCGCAGUGAGCUAGAUGAGCUGCAGGAGGAGGUGGCGAGGAGAGCCCGCCACCAGGAGCAGCAGAAGCGGAAGGAGGCCGAGCGGGAGGCGGCCAUGGGAUUCAACCCCAGACCCAGCAAAUUCAUGGACCUGGACCAGCUCCAACACCAGGCCGUGCUCAGACCCCUGCAUGAGGCUAACGCUCAUAGCGGAUUGGCUGUAGCUGGGUGCAUGAGGAGCACUGGGGGGCCAAUCAAACGCAGGCAGGAACAGGAAAUGGAACGGGACACGGGAAACGGCCACCCACAGGGGCCUCGCAGUGAACAGCCUGGCUCGGUCCAAGUACUGCUGACGCCUAAUCGGGAGGAGGAAGAGGACGAGUCAACGACCAGCCAUGAUGCUCAGGGUCAAAACCCUCCCCCGCCUCCUCCACCCUACCGCCCCUCUCCCCCCCGACCCACGCUCACCCUUAGCAUCAGUCACCCCUGCGGCCCAUCCAGCCAAGGGGAGGAGGAGGAGGAGGCCAGGCGCGCUGGGAAGCGAGGCGAGGAAGCUGAGGAUGGGAGUGAGGGGAGGGGUGUGAGGCUGUGUGAUUUGCUGCAGGCUGGGGGGGUCAGUGUCAGACCCCUGGGGAAGCACUUAGCCAUCUCUCUACCCUCACUUCCUCUUCGUCUCUGGGAUACACACGCCGCACACAUCCCCCCUCCACCAUGCUCUCCUCCUCCGUCACCCCCGCCGGAAACUUGCGGGCAAAGGAAACACCUCGCGCCACUCUGGCAGCCGCCCCGGCCGCAUUCCCCCGACGAGGGGUCUCCCCGUUGGCAGCAGCACGCCGUCCUUGCGGACGGCAGCACGCGCCACUGGUCCUCCUGGAGUCUGGACCGCCCCGAUGCCGUGGUGACGCCAUACGACACGCCCCCGGACCGCUGCUUUCCCAUCAGGACACAGAAUCCUGGCCAGAGCUGCAGCUACAGUUGUCAGUCUUCUCCAGGGCACUACGGCUCCCAGCAUGCCCCAGGGCAGCGCGGUGAUCACCACUGUGACCGUGAAGAGGCUGAGCUGUCAGAGCUGGACUCCCUUUACCAGGCCAGUCUGCAGGCCGGAAGAACAGGCUGCAGCCCAUCUGAGAGGCUCAUAUCCAGGAUGGGAGGGCAGACGCGCUCCAAGACCCCCAACGCAGACAUGGAGAGGAGUGUGUACGGGGCGGACAGCACCAGCACCCCCACCUACCUCAACAAGCCAGUGAUGUUGCGGGACCCACAUCUGGGGGCGGAGCCUGGUGAUGGGGAGAACCAGAGGCGAAUCGGACGCAGCCUGAGCGGCACGAUGGUGACCUCCCGCCGCAGCCGCCUCACUGCAACCCGCAGCUUUGAGCUGUCGGGUAGCGCUGGAAGUUUCUGGCUGUGUCUGACGGGGGUCAAGCUGUCCACGGACCAGAGCCCCGCUCUGCUUCACUGAUAUCCCGCCCCCCGCCUUCCUCUGUUACCCUCCCACGGGUCAGCGGUGCUGUGGUCCCGGGCGGGGUCACUUCGAAUGACAAAGGUUCGGCUCAGGACCAUCUUCCCAACAGCCGUCCUGCUCCAGCACCUUCUCUUUGAAAACGUUAUACACAAACACAAAUGCACGCACACGUCGAGCCUCCCUCUGCGCCUGAAGCACCCCGCUUUAGCCCCUACUUGCCUUCCCUCCCUACUUAUUCUACCUAUGCAGUCACUCUGACCCCUUAAACUAUAACCCCCCCCCCCUUUCUUUCCCGGGACUAUUUCUCGUCUCCCUGUGGGUUUUUUAGGAGGACCACCUUUGCAGGCGGCCUGCUCCAACUGGGACCGCAGCUUUCUGCAAGCUUGUCCUCCACCCCAACAGGACCUUCAGCUCAAUGGGAGACUCUAAACAAGUAGCCACUUCCUCUUUCUUCAUGGGCAUUUUCCCCUUUGGACGCACAUGUAGCUGAACUGACAGCCAUAUUUUUGCUCUCUUUUUUCUUGCCAGGUUUCCUUGAUGUUUUUUUGUUUCCGUUUUUCCUUUUCUGAGACUGAACUCUGACAACUAGACAUGUACAGAAAAAACACAUGUAUGAAACCUGUAUGUUAAUUAAUAAGACCUUAUGGAAUGUUGAUAAUUAACGAAUAUUGAUUAACUAAAAGUUGUACUUCCUCAUGUCUGCAUUUCAAAUAGCAGUGGAGUGCACUUCACAAGUGUCUAGCUGGAGUUUCCGUUGCAAAAACCCCAACCCGCUCCCCCCCCCAAAAAACUGCUUGCUGACUUAAUGACAGCUCUCCCGCUUCUACUGGGAGAUUUAACGAGAAAAGCACUUCCUUUUACUUUGGUCUUUUCUGUCUUUUUCUUCUUUUUUGUUUUGCUUUUCUUUGUUCUGAAAGGGAAGCAGUAGCACCACAACCGGGCCGGCAGGAGGAGGAGAGUCGAGAAAGGAAGAGGAGAGAGAGAGGGAGAGGAAUGUAGGUUAGAAAACCCGCCUCUUACAGGCUUUUUAAUCAGUGAACUCGGGUUACUCAAGUGCACUUUGCAGGGAAGAAGUGCACUUUUUAUCGAAGGCUGUCGGAGUGAGAGAAGUCCUUUUGGUUUUGUUUUACAUCAAGGCCUCAGGUGAACUUCAGUGGCACUUAGAAAUUCCCACUAUUAUGAUUUCCGACGCUGGUUUCGAGACCCAGAUGGGAGCAAAAACGGCACAUCUUCAGCCUGAUACAGUAACGUGUCUAAUAUAAAUAUGCUUUAUAUGAUAAAUAUGUAUUAGAGGUAUAUUUUCAGCCAGUGAGCUAUCUUCAGAGAUGUCAACCAUUACUCUGUGGUAUGAACAUAUAAAUCAUUCCCCUAACAAAUGAGUAGCAUUCUGACAUGUGUAGAGUCAACAUAUUUUAUUAUAUAUAUAUAUAUAUAUAUAUAUAUAUAUAUAUAUAUAUAUAUAUAUAUAUAUAUAUAUAUAUAUAUAUCCUUAUAAAUUGACUGAGUUUUGCAAGAAUUCACUGAUAUUGACUGAUUGUUGUAACAAAAACCAAAGGUUGGCUCCUAGCUUGUUACUUUUAUUGUUCAUUUAGAUUGUUGUUGUUGUUAGUUUUAUCUUUUUGGGUUGUGAAUGUGGGAGAAUGUAGCCAAUUGUAGCGCAUGAGUCCGCUAUGCAAAUCAACCUUCCCUCACGGUCCUGUGUCAGAGACAGUCAAGAGGCAGACACACCCACCCAGCCACCCACAGUGGGCGCUCACGUGGACGAGGACGAUGAGGAGGAGAACUUGUGUUUUAAUGCUGCUGGUGAUCCUUGUUGUUCUGCGUCUACUUGCUACGUUUCAGCUAAUGGGAUGCAAAAAAAAAAUUAAAUUAAACAAAAUAAAAAAAACGAAGCUAUACGAGAAGGCAGAGGAGACGAGAACGAAUGAAUGUAAAGUGAAAGGUGUGUUUAUGAAUGACGGGUAGGAGACGGAGGAGAGUGGACAGCUGCUGGAGAUGGCUUUUUAAGUGGGUGCGUGUAGACUGAGCGUGUGUCAGUUUUGGGGCUAGUGUUGCUCGGGGAAAGAGGGAUCCUGUAUUUUUGCAAUAAAGUUAUUACCAAUACACUCCCGCAGGGGGUGUAACCAC